UUCUUUAAAAAAAAGAGGGGAAAAAAACGAUUUCCAAUCCAAUUAUUUCACAGCUCAUCUGUUGCUGGAUUCCUCUGAACCAUAACUAGAUAACCAUGGCAAUCCAGAAUGAGCUUUUACAGUCAUUAAACCUGUCAAGAACAAUCAUAUCACAAAUAUUCUUUUUGUAGAAUUGCCUAUUUAUCACCUCACUUCUCACUGAUCAUUUUAAAUUGUAUGAAUGAGAUAAUAAGGCUUGAGUUAUUUAUGGGCAUGUGGUUAAAACACACCCCUCAUACGCUCAGCAGAUUUACUGUUGCGUGGCAAUGUGUCACUACACAGUAAAAGACCAUGCGUGGGGGGAUGUUGGGAACCUGAGAUGCUGUGAAUAGACAGCUGGCUGCAGGUGAGAAUCACUCGGACACUUUACAUCUGUGAAUAAGCAUGACAAAUAUCACAGGGAAGGAUACUGAAAAGCAAAGUUGCUCAUUUAGGAUCCAAACAAGCUGAGGAAGAAGGUGUUUCUGAGAUUGAAGAGUUUAUUAAUCGAGUAACAAGUGACAGAUCAAAAAUGACUAACACCAGUGAUCGGAUGGAUUUGGCUUUCGUGCUUCAAACAGGUGAGUGGAUUUCUAUGACCAGCUCCAACCUAGCUGACAGCAAUAGGCCUUUGGACACCAUAAAAUCAUUUGUCCACUUUGGAGCUUUCAUUGUCACUGGUCUCUUUACCUGCCUCAUCAUAGCAACAGUGCGGAACAACCAGGAGCUGCAUCAGAACCCUCGCUAUGUCCUAUUGUGUCAGCACUGCAUCUGUCUGUCCGGCUUCAACAUUAUGGGCACAGUUGUACACGCUCUUCGCAGCCUACGUUGGCCAAUCUCUCGAAUCACCUGUUGGAUCCUCUUCGACCUGCAGGUGGUAAUGGCACGAGGUUUAAUGAUCACCCUCACACUGAUGUCCAUCAGCACUUGUCUGUCCAUUUGCAUGCCACUCCGCUACCCAGUUCUGGUCCAGCGAUUGUACCGCUGGGUCGCUUUGGUGGCUUGCAUUCUCGCCUUAAUCAACCCCGUAGUGUUCACUGUUCUAGCCUGUGCGCGCUUUCCGUGGGACUAUGUGGUUGGGCUGGACACCGAGUGCUCCACGGCUUUGGAGGGCACCGCAUGCAUCGCCAGCGCUUUAGCAUUGCUGUUAUUGCUGGUGCUGCUUAUUAUUAUAAGCUACGUGGUGAUUUACCUGGAAGGCAGACGUGCUGGCCAUUUCACACAAUCCAACAGUAAAGGCCGCCGCACCAUUCUCAUCCACAGCCUGCAGAUGAGUCUGCACAUUCUUCCCUCUCUCAUCAUCAUUUCCCGGCAUCAGGAGGCGCUCCCCAUAGCAGUGUCGAUUUUUAUCCUCUUCAGUUUUGCACAGUCCCUGAGCCCCGUGGUGUUUGGCCUGCGCUGCAAAGAGCUCUACAAGGAUAUGCCUCAAUUUCUGCCUUGCUUCUGGGGAAACUGUGGCAGCUGUGUUCACACUGGGAGCAUAGAGAGCUCCAGCACUGGAACAAUAACCAGUGCGGAGACGGCAGCCAGUAUAGAGACUAACGCCUUCACCUGUAUGGCCACCAGCGCCCCAUCUGCCAUAACCACAGAGCAUGAGGGCGAGAUUGAGGUGUCAGACUUUGAUGAGUUAACCGUAUAAGUUAGAAACACGUGGGAUGAGAUGAACAACAGUGUUAACAAAUAGACAGUGGCCUCUUUAUUUAAAACACGGAAUAGGGAGGUCAACAAAAGAGACAAAACUAAGUUUACUUUCUUUUUUUAUCUAAACAACAUCAAAGGUUUGGGGUCAGGAAGAUUAAAAACAAAUGUAUUCAGCUAUAAAGCUCUAUAUAGCUAAAAGAAUAUGGCUGCGUCCAAAAGCUGUAAAAUGCUGCCUUUUGAGGCACCGUUCCAUGGCGGAAAAGCAUCAAGGAACAUCCGGAUCAAAAUACUGAUUUACUUCCUGUCUCCGGAGGCAUCUUCUGAUUGAAUUUUGAAGGCAGCAUAGAUGUAUUCUUCACUGACUUUGAUAUCCCACAAUCCUGGGCAUUCCACUCCAUGAAGGUUGCGCUAAAAAAAAAAAAAAAAAAGAAGAUGGCAUCUUAAAGUUGCAUUUGGUGGUUUGUGUGAGUAAAUGUAUAUUUCUGACAAAUAUUUUGCACUUUUGAUGUUAUUUCUUGCGAGAAAUCAGUAUUACAGUAAUAAAAUAUUUCUUUAGUUAUCACCAAAAUACGUUCUAUUUUGUCUUAGGUCGUUAAACCAUUACACUGCCUCAGCAGCCUGUCCGAAAUCAGUUACAUCAGGUGCCUUCGUGAAAAAAAGCUGUUUGCAAAAACAUUGCCUCAUAAUGCAGCGAGGCAUCAAGUCAGCUGCCUAGGCUUUCGGAUGCAGCCUAUAACAAAAAGUAAAAAAAUAAUAAUAAUCUUAUUGACCCCUGAAUUUGUCUAUGAACGUUUUUCAAGUCAUGUGAAACAUUCACUAUGAAGUCUUUAAAUUACUAAAU